AUGGGUGGUGAAAAAACCAAGAAGAUCAAACUUCAAAUGCUAAGAAGAAAGUAUGAGUUACUACAAAUGGAGAAUAAUGAGAAUGUCACUGACUAUUUCAAUCGAGUGCAGAAAAUCAAUAAUCAGAUGAAAGCCAAUGGAGAAGUAAUGAUUGAGGUGGUGAUCAUUGAAAAGAUUCUGAGGACACUAACACAAAUAUACGAUCACAUAGUGGUGGAUCAAGAUGAGGAGGUUGGAGGUUCAAGAAGUCAUCAAAACAAUGAUAAUAAAAGCAAGAAACCAUCUGGCAAGAAGAAGUUUGACAAAAAAGCGAUCCAAUGUUAUAAUUGUAAAAAAUAUGGGCAUUUUGCAGAUGAAUGCAUAUCCAAGAAAGUACAAAGAGAUGAUGGUGAAGCUCAACUGGCCCAGGCAGACAGUUCUGACUCAGAUGAAAUGUUGUUGAUGGCUUCUACAAGCAUGGAAGAUGAUUUUCCAGGAUUGUGGUAUCUUGACACAAGACGCUCAAUUCACAUGAUUGGCCAUAAAUGUUGGUUUAUAAGUAUUGAUGAGAAGGUGAAAACGGAAAUAAGAUUUGCAGACAACAACACAAUAAAAGCUGAAGGAGUUGGCAAGAUCUUGAUUCAAAGAAUGGAUGACAAACAAUCUUUCAUAUGUGAUGUGUUGUAUGUGCCAAAUAUGAAGAACAAUGUGUUAAGCCUUGGACAAUUGCUGGAGAAAUGA